AUGGCAGAGCCCCCCGCGAAAAGAGCAAGACGGGUCGAUAGCUCGACAAUGUGGGACUUAGACGAACGAAAAACACGUUCUCCUGAGCCGGACUCAGAUAUUGGCAGAAGCCCUCGGCGUGACGCACAUCAGAAGGACGAUCGGCGGCGUGAGGGGCCCCGUGAUGACAGAAGAUAUCGUUCCCGCUCAAGAGAUCGGGUUGAAAGGCGCAGAGAAAGGAGCAGGUCUCGAGAUCGGCGUGACCGGGACCGGGACCGUGACCGUGACCGCGAUCGCGAUAGGACGGAUCGGGAUAGAGACGGUCGGGGAGCAAAAGACAGAGAUACAAGCGCGACCAGAGAAAGACAUUAUGACAGACGAGGUAUGCUGUAUCCUACUGGUGAAUUCGAGUUACUCAUACCUAAUGCUCUCCAAGGAUAUCGAGACAGAUACCGCGACCGCUCCCGCUCACCUACUCGGAAUGGGAAUAGGAACAGGACCAGAACUCCACCACCUCGAGGGCCGAAGGGAGAUCGCAGAGACGAUCGCAAAGAAAACCGUCCGUAUGUCAAUGGCGUUCCACAUUCACCGUCACGACGAGACAAGGACGAGAUGGAGUUGGACCCCGCAGUACCGAUUGAAGAAGAUGAAAUGGAGGCGCUGAUGCGCAAGACCGUGGGCUUUACAAGGUUCAGGAGCACGAAGAAUACCAAAGUGCCUGGAAACAACAUCUACGGUGUGCGGAAAGAGAAGAAGACUGUGUACAGACAGUACAUGAACCGUGUAGGCGGAUUCAACAGGCCCCUCAGUCCUUAA